UGUGCAGACUUGAAGCUGAGAGUCUGGACAGACCUGAUGGUUCCAGGGUGUCAGGAGGCAAUUUUGGGGGGAGCGCAUUGAUCCAGUGACAGUUUGCGGACUUAACCCUGGACAAACCUACCUCACCUGCACAGAGGAACUUCUCUCUCUCUUUUUUUUUUCUCCUCCUCCUCUCUCUCCUUCUGUCCCUCUCCUUUUCCUCUCUGUCCCGGUUCCCUCUCAUUUGUCGGGACUCGUGCGCAGCUGGCUGUUCUAUGGGGAUGGAGCGUCCAAGUCACUGUGUUUCCUCCGCGGGGAUCUUUAUUCUCGGGCUGCUGUCGGUGCUGUGUCCGGCUUUGAAUGGAGUUUGGAGUUUUAACCUUCAUGCAGAGCAUCCCACGGUUUACAGGGGACCCGAGGGAAGUUAUUUCGGUUAUUCGGUGGACUUCUACCAAGCUACAAGCGACAGCAACACGUUCAGUGUGUUGGUGGGGGCUCCUAAGGCCAACACCUCCCAACCUGGCCUUGUGGAGGCUGGGUCUGUCUACUACUGCCCCUGGCCGGGGCUCCCCGACAGCUGCAGACAGAUACCUUUUGAUAAUUCCAAUAACAGAAUGAUAAAGGUAAACAAAACCAGGGAGCCUCUGGAGUUUAAGUCACACCAGUGGUUCGGCGCAUCAGUAAGGUCACACAAAGGAAAAGUGGUGGCCUGUGCUCCUCUCUAUCACUGGCGGACGGUGAAGUUAAGUGGGGAGAAGGACCCCGUGGGGACCUGCUAUGUGGCCGUCCAGAACUUCAGCGCCUACGCAGAGUACUCACCCUGCAGGACCAAUGAUCCAGACCCAGAGGGACAAGGGUUCUGCCAGGCUGGCUUCAGUGUGGAUUUCACCAAGGAAGGAACGCUGGUGGUAGGAGGACCCGGGAGCUAUUAUUGGCAAGGUCAGGUAAUGACAGCAGGGAUAGCAGAGAUACUGAAUGGCUACUCUUUGAAGGCGGUGCUGAGACGGGUUCCAGGAGAGAAAUACACCAGAGCUGCUGAGGACACACAUGACGACAGCUACCUUGGUUACUCUGUGGCGGUGGGGGAGUUUACAGGAGACUCUGAACAAGAGCUGAUAGCAGGAGUCCCAAGAGGAGCGCAAAACUUUGGAUAUGUGGUAAUGAUCAACUCCACCAAUAUGACCUUCAUCCUGAACUUUACAGGAGAACAGAUGGCCUCCUAUUUUGGAUAUUCAGUGGCUGUCACUGACCUAAACGGAGAUGGGACAGACGAUGUGCUGGUCGGAGCGCCCCUGUACAUGGAGAGAGAGAUGGAGAGCAAACCUAGAGAGGUGGGGAGGGUGUACCUGUACCUGCAGACGGCCCCGCUCACCUUUUCUGAACCUGUUGCUCUCACCGGCACAUACACCUUCGGACGUUUUGGCACUGCUAUAGCACCGCUUGGAGACAUCAACCAGGAUGGAUACAAUGACGUGGCGGUGGGCUGUCCUUUCGGAGGAGAGGGCCGUGGAGGCAGAGUAUUGAUCUUUAACGGUAACAGAGACGUAUCCAUACGGGGCCUGACACUGAGCCAAGAGCUGAGAGCCGCCGGGGUCCCGGGUGAUGGUUUGCCUGGAUUCGGAUUCACUCUGAGAGGAGGCCAAGACCUGGACAACAAUCAGUAUCCUGAUCUCAUCGUCGGGGCAUUUGGUGCAAGCGAGGUGUCUGUGUACAGGUCUCGAGCUGUCGUGUCCGUGGAGGCAUCAUUGACCUUGACUCCCAGAAUCCUGAACCCAGAUGACAGACAGUGUCACCUCCCUGAAACAGAUAUCAUGGUUACCUGUCUGAGGGUGGACGUGUGUGCAGCAGUGAGCGGAGUGGGGAUCCCCAGCUCUUUAGACCUGAGAGCAGAGCUGCAGCUGGAUUGGUUGAAAGGCACCAGAGGUGGAGUGAAGAGAGUUUUGUUCCUGGACACUCAGCAGCCUCAGCGCAUCGGGCUCCUAACCCUGAGUCACAACCUCCCACGUGCAUGCCUCAGCUACACCAUCUUCCUGAGAGAGGAGGAGGAGUUUCGGGACAAAUUGACUCCCAUCUCUCUGGCACUGAACUACAGCUUGGCUCCACCCACUCGUGGCCAAAGCCUCCCUCCUGUCCUCAACCAGUACAGCAGCACCUUCCUUCAAGAGCAUGCGUACAUCCUCCUGGACUGUGGUGACGACAACAUUUGUAUCCCUGACCUUCAGCUCUCCGCCACCAUGGACCAGUCGGAGCUGGUGAUCGGCGAUGACAAUCUGGUUAUGCUGACCAUCACUGCACUGAACCAAGGAGAGGGAGCCUACGAGACAGAGCUCCACACACUGAUCCCACCAGAGGCUGACUACAUCGGAGUGGAGCGCAGGGUGGAGUCCCUGUCUCAGCUUAACUGCGAGUACAAGAUGGUCAACGACUCCAGAUUGGUGGUGUGCGACCUUGGCAACCCAAUGGUGACGGGGACUGAGCUGUCUGUUGGUUUGAGGUUUUCCGUCCAACGACUGGAUGAUGCCGGACCCAAGAUCAGCUUUGAGCUACAGAUCCACAGCUCCAACAAAGAUAACUCCCAUAGUAACCCGGUAACUCUGAAUCUGUCCAUCAUCGCGGAAGCCCAUCUUGAUUUACGAGGGGUGUCUCAUCCCUCUCAGGUGGUGCUGCCAUUCCCAAACUGGGAACCUAAGGAGAAGCCUGUCAAAGAGGACGACGUGGGUCCACAAGUAACACACAUAUAUGAGCUCCAUAACUUCGGUCACAGCAGUAUUCAGGACGCCGAGCUCCAGGUCGGCUGGCCUUCCCGUUUCCGUGAUGAGAACCUGCUGUAUGCCAUGGAGAUUCAAACUGACGGACCAAUUAGCUGCCGGACGAACACCAGCCUCAACCCGCUCGGCCUGCAGAUCUCCUCUCUCCAGGACACACCUGAAUUAUUGGGUUUCUUGAGGAACACCAGCGCUCCUCCUACUCGCCGUCACAAACGAGCUGUUACUGCCGCUCAGAGUUACAGUGAUAAAACCUUGAACUGCACCAACAUCUCCUGCCUGAAGAUCAUGUGUGUGGUGGGUCGGUUGGAUCGAGGGCAGAGUGCUGUGGUCAAGAUCCGCUCGAGACUCUGGGCGCAAACUUUCCUGCAGCGGCGUAAUGACCCGUACAUCCUCAACUCUACGGUGUCCUUCUUGGUCACAGCUUUACCUUAUCGUGUCCAACCCUCCAGCCUCCCACAUCACUCAACCUCGAUGGGGACGCUUGUGUUAUGGGGGACUCCGGAUGUGUCGUUUGCUGUUCCUCUUUGGGUUAUCAUCCUGGCCAUACUACUGGGGCUGCUGGUGCUAGCUAUGCUAACGUUAGCCAUGUGGAAGUGUGGUUUCUUUGACCGAGCACGACCACCAGCUGACGAUGACGUCUCAGACCAGGAGCAACUGACGUCUGAUCAAACAGGAGACGCUUAGGAUGACACAUGACAGCUCCUGAAUGGAGUACUAAGGUUUAGGAGGGAUGUGCACCUUCUGAGGAACUGAAAUCAGAUCUGAGAUCUGUACUUAGAUGGACCUCACUGGCCUGCUGCUUCUGUGUUAAUAAAAGUGACUGAAGGACAGACUGAAGACCUCAGCGCCACACAGACUAAAGGACCAAAGAAUGAGGUUCAAACCCAACAGAGUGGGACCAAAACCAUUUGUAACAGACUCAGUCACACACACAUGUUUGUUGUUUAUCCUUUGUGAUGAAGAGCAGAACUGAAAACAGGAUGGACUCGGUUGCGAAGACAAUGCUUUUAAAAGUUUCUGUGUAAUCGAGACACAAAGAGACUUGAGAUCUAUGCACAAGUGUCUCAGUAUGUGAGAGUUUGUGUGUGUGUGCAUAUGUGUGUAGGUACUGUAUAUGUGUGUUUAUAAAGUGUCACUUGUGUCAUCCCUGUAUUCAGACAUGAAUCCCCCCCCCACCCCACUCCCUCCGAUUUAAUUUAUCCUAGAUUUCUUCAGACUGACCUGUAUGUAUAACGAUUCAUCCCACACACACACACAAUGCAAACACAGACACAUCCACAUGCUUAAACACAAAGGCACAGAGUUGAUGUGUAUAUUUAUGAAUGUAUGUGCAAUACUUGGGCGUUGCGUGAUACUGAAGCUUGUUUACACUGGCAUUAUUUUUAUUAGAGCUUAAUGUUUCCAUUGUUUAUGUAAAUAAAUGAUUCAUUGGUAUAUUAGAUAUUAGGAUUGCUGAACCAAAAAAAAAAGCAAUUGCUUGGAGUAAUUUACAAUAAAAGCCCACCUCAGAAGUUUGAAAUGAAAAAAAAAAAAAAA